AUGUCCCGACAAAAUUUUUACCAAGAAGAGAUCGAGCAAUCGAUGAGAGCUUUUUCAGACAUUUGUGUUGACGACGCAAACAAAUUAGCGGAGUUAUAUUUGAAAGGAGAACAGCUAGGAAUAAGUAUAGAUCAAUCUGAAGUCAGAAAACAGUUUAAGGAACUGGAAGAGCUGAUAAAAUCAAUAGCUCUCAGUCAAAAACAUCAUCAACACAUUAUUACAACUAGCAAUCAAGCCGAAAGUGAGAGGCGUGAAUUUGAAAGCUCCAUAUCGUCUGUUGUUGAUUUGACAAAUUUUGAAGAAGUUAAUGCAAACCUAGCAAAACGAUUAGAUGCGUUUAAGCCCGCCAAACGAAGGGUUGUCGAAGACAGUGCGGGUUUCAUUAGAGAAGCAAUAGAUGCCAUCAAAAGCGCCGAAGAUCGCUUGAAACGAAGCCGCGGCUCCAUCGAGGUGGUAGACAACAGUCAAGAGUCGGUCAUGCGAAAGAAAAAUUUGAUCUGCCCUUUAACCAAAAAGCAAUUUGUGAAUCCUGUUGCAAACAAGUUUUGCGGACACAAUUACGAAAAAGCUGCAAUUGAAAAUGCGAUUAAACAAUCUGAGAGGGCAUUCUUGUGUCCGUAUAAUUGUGCCAAUGAACGACCAGUAGAAUUAAGCCAUUUGCAGUCCAACGACGAAAUCAGCGCUUUGUUAAGUCGAACAGGCAGGGUGGAGGAUGACGAUGAUGAAAGUGAUUGA